AUGACGCCUCAAGAAGUCGUCUUGGGAAUUUUAGAAGAUUUGGGAACCGACGACUUUGAAAAAUUUAAGUGGUUCCUGCAGCAGAAAGGGACACUUGAAGAUUUCCCAGCAAUUCCAAAGUGUAAACUGGAGAAUGUAAACAGGAGGAUCACAGUGGAUAUGAUGUUCCAAACCUACAGUAUAAACACUAUUAAUGUGACCAGAAUAGUUUUAGUGAAGAUCAAUCAAAAUGAGCUAGUGAAGACUUUAUCAAACAUCAUCUAUGAAUCUGCAGGAGAGCUUGACCUGAGUAACAACAACCUGCAGGAUUCAGGAGUGAAGCUGAUCUCUGAUGGACUGAAGAGUCCACAAUGCACACUGGAGAUUCUCAGUCUGUCGGGUUGUCUGAUCUCAGAGGAAGGCUGUUCUUCUCUGGUCUCAGCUCUGAGCUCCAACCCCUCCCAUUUGAGAGAGCUGGACCUGAGCUACAAUCAUCCAGGAGACUCUGGAGUGAAGCUACUGUCAGCGGGACUGAAGGAUCCUCUCUGGAGACUGGACACUCUCAGGGUGGAGCCUGCUGGACUCAGAUAUUUGACACCAGGUCUAUGGAGGUAUUCCUGUGAACUCACACUCGACACAAACACAGUGAACAGAAACCUCAAACUGUCUGACAACAACAGGAAGGUGACACGUGUGAAGAAGGAUCAGCCAUAUCCUGAUCAUCCAGAGAGAUUUGACUUCUGGUGUCCUCAGCUGCUGUGUAGAGAUGGUCUGACUGGUCGUUGUUACUGGGAGGUUGAGACAAGAGGAUGGGUUGAUAUAUCAGUGAGUUACAGAGGAAUCAGCAGGAGAGGAGACAGAGAUGACUGUUUGUUUGGACGUAAUGAUCAGUCCUGGAGUCUGUUCUGCUCUGAUGGUGGUUACUCUGUCUGGCACAAUAACAUCAGAACAUCCAUCUCCUCCUCCUCUGUCUCUGGUAGAGUAGCAGUGUAUGUGGACUGUCCUGCUGGCUCUCUGUCCUUCUACACAGUCUCCUCUGACUCACUGAUCCACCUCCACACCUUCAACACCACAUUCACUAAGCCUCUCUAUCCUGGGUUUGGGUUCUGGUUCGGUUCUGGUGUGUUUGGGUUCUUGUUUGAUUAUCCUGGUGCCUCGGUGUCUCUGUGUUCUCUGUAGGACGGAGAGUCUCCUCCUGUUUCCUACUGCUGAUCAGUUGAGUCUGUACAGGAUCACACUUACAGAAAUAUGUCAGGUAAUUGUUAUAAACUAAUGAAUGAACUUUGUAUAAAAUAAUUCAGAAUUAUUGACCAGAUUCCUCGUGAACAUUAUAAACUUCUUCCACUUCCAGUCCUUUAAAGAUGGAAGCUGUGAUCAUCAAAUUGUAGAAAUGCCGUUGACUUCUGUCAUGUUUUGUCUUAAAUUCUGUCUCUUUUCACAAUAAAAGCAUAAAGUUAC